AGCUGGAGGGGAUGGACACGCUGCGCAGGAGCCUGUCUCGAUGGAAGAGGUACCACAUCAAGGUGCACCUGGCCGAUGAGGACCUGAUGAUGCCCCUGACCGUCAGGCCCAGGGACACGGUGAUGGACCUGCGGGCUCUCUUGGUCCGGGAGGGCAUCACUUCCUGGAAGAAGACAUUUUAUUACAACUCCAGGCAGCUCGAGGAGCAUGAGACCCUCAAAGAAGCCAAUAUCCAGAACGGUUCUGUCCUCCUCCUGGUCAGCAAUAAAAGAUAAUGCCAAAGAGCACAGCCAAAGCCAUGAGGGACGGCGAGUGUGACAAGGGCUGAAGGGGAGCAGAUGGAAGAGAGC